UAUUCUUGGAACCCGUGUUCUCUCGAACCUCGUUAUUGGUUAUCGAAUAGGCUAUUUCUGUCUUUGUGGCUUUGCUUAAGCCUUUUCUUCUGUCAACGUCAACGUUUGUCAGCCAGCUGUGUUCGUACGUCAGCGCGGGACAGAUGACGACUGAGAGCUCCCACGGACCACUGCGCUCGACUCCCCCGAUGAGGACCAGUCCAGAGUCCAGCGCGGUGCACCCAGGACUGAUGAACGCGACAGCUAGCUUGGAGGACCAUGGCGCAGUGUCCAAGACUAAAAAGACUAACUCAGGACUGCGACGCCCGGAGAAACCGCCCUACUCUUACAUUGCACUCAUUGUGAUGGCAAUUCAGAGCACACCGACAAAGCGACUCACGCUGAGUGAGAUUUACCAAUUCUUACAAACACGCUUCCCUUUUUUCCGAGGCGCUUAUCAGGGCUGGAAAAACUCUGUUCGGCACAACUUGUCCCUGAAUGAGUGCUUCAUUAAACUACCAAAAGGUCUUGGGCGGCCGGGGAAAGGACAUUACUGGACCAUAGACCCCACCAGUGAGUUUAUGUUCGAGGAAGGGUCAUUUCGGCGAAGACCACGAGGAUUUAGGAGAAAAUGUCAGGCCAUGAAACCCAUGUACAGAAUGAUGAACGGCCUAGGGUUCGGUUCCGCCAUUUUACCUCAGAGCUUCGAUUACCAACCUCCCACCGGCGCACUUGCGUGCCAUGGCACUGGCUAUAACCUGGACCUGUCUGGUAAUGGUUAUGAGUCAAUAAACAGCGGGCACCAUGGUCACAUGUCCCCCAGCUCAAGACAUGGUUAUAUGGCUAGCUGUCCAGUGCCUGGGAACGGAGACUAUGGCGUGGAGAGCAACACCAGCCCAGUCCCGUCUUCUCCUGCAAUAGCGGGCGCGCUUGAGGGUCACUCGCCGUAUUCAGAGGGAACAGCACUAUGGGCUUCUUCUUCAAAUUCUCCAUACCUAAAACAGCCUACUACAGUCUCAACCAAUUCGCCGUCCACGGGACAGCAUCCCGGCAUAUUCACCUACUCCCUGGAACAGGGUUACAUACAGCAAAGUGCGAGAGACAACACAGACAUGUCAGUGGGUAUAUCGCGCUAUCCGACACAUUCUUCCCCAGUCGGAGAACGGAAGGACUUCAUGUUGAAUUUGAACGGAAUUACAUCUUUCCAUCCGUCUGCUGGUGGAUAUUAUCAUCACCAUCAUCAUCACCAUCACCACCAUCAGAGUAUGCAUCAAGACGUCAAACCUUGCGUGAUGUAGGCUAGUCCGCUUGUUGCGGAGCAAGUUGCACAAAUAUAAGCACUUGGAUAGCUGUGAGGUAAAGACAAUUAAUGAAGGAUUAAUAAUUGUACACUCACAAGAUGCUUGGAAAUUUAUCUUUGAAAACCAUGCAGCGAAAAAGCCCCUGCGACAUGACUUGACCUCACCGCACCAAGCGCAUAUGAAACAAUUAAACUCAUGAAGUCAUGGACUUGCCACUUUAUGCCUUGUGGUUACAUUUCAGUAGAGUUUGAAUUAAGCACAUAUAAGUAUAUUUCACUUAAUCUGUAUAGU